AAAUCUGGACUUCUCGUCUCUUGCCAUCCUCCCUGUAGAUAAGAAGUCAGAUCCGAGAAAGCUUCAAUGGAAGAAAGUAAGAAGCCUCAUGCCGUGGUCAUUCCAUGUCCAUUUCAAGGCCAUAUAAAGCCAUUGCUCCAACUUGCAAAGCUUCUUCACCAUAAAGGCUUUCAUAUUACUUUUGUGAACACAGAGUUCAACCACAAGCGCUUUCUCAAGUCGAGAGGUCCCGAUUCUCUGGAUGGCUUGCCUGACUUCCAGUUUGAAACCAUUCCCGACGGCCUCCCUCCUUCAAAUCCUGAUGCCUCCCAAGACGUUGUUGCUGUAUUUAAGUCUGCUUCGACCAACUUUUUGGCUCCGUUCGGGGACCUCCUUGCCAAACUGAACCAUUCUUCAUCUAAUAAUAAUAUCCCUCUCGUUACUAGCAUUGUUUCAGAUACUACCAUGCUAUUUGCGGUCGAAGCUGCCCGUGAACUCGGGAUCCCCGUCGUUAGUUUCUUCCCAAGUUCUGCGAGUGUUUUCGUAGCUGUGAAACACUUUAGGGCUCUUAAGGAGAAGGGCUACACGCCUCUCAAAGAUGAGAGCUAUUUAACGAAUGGGUGGCUGGACACCGUUAUCGACUUCAUUCCUGGAUUGAAGGAUAUACGUUUGAAGGACUUGCCGUCAUUUGUUCGAACUUCAGAUCCCAAUGAUUUCAUGUUCAACGCCCUUAUGGAAGCAGUAGAAAGAGCUUCUGAAUCAUCCGCCAUCCUUAUUCAUACAUUCGACAGAUUAGAGAGGGAAGCUUUGGAUGCAGUCUCAUCCAUGUUUCCUUGCUUUUAUGCGAUUGGCCCUCUCCAAUUACUUCUCAAUCAUACCCCUGAAUCUUCUCUCGACUCUGUGGGAUACAACCUAUGGGAAGAAGAAACUGAAUGCCUUGAGUGGCUAGAAUCCAGAGAACCCAACUCAGUGGUUUAUGUGAAUUUCGGGAGUGUGGCAGUACUGAGCAACCAGCAGCUAAUUGAAUUUGGGAUGGGACUUGUUAACAGCAAGCACCCAUUUCUGUGGAUAAUAAGGCCUGAUUUGGUGAUUGGAGAAAACGCAGUUUUUCCAUCAGAGUUUGUGGCUGCAACCAAAGAAAGAGGUUUGAUUGCAAGUUGGUGCCCACAAGAAAAAGUGCUCAACCAUCCAUCAAUUGGAGGAUUUCUAACCCAUUGCGGGUGGAACUCCACACUCGAAAGCUUAAGUGCAGGAGUUCCCAUGCUUUGUUGGCCAUUCUUUGCAGAUCAACAAACAAAUUGUUGGAGCAUCUGCAAACAGUUUGAGGUUGGUUUAGAGAUCCCAAAUGAUGUGGACAGAAAUGAAGUAGAGAAGCUGUUGAGGGAACUGAUGGAGGAAGAGAAGGGAAAGAUGAUGAAGAAGAAAGCCAUGCACUGGAAAAGAUUGGCAGAGGAGGCUAGUGCUCCUAAUGGGUCAUCAGCCAUGAAUCUGGAUGACCUGGUAAGCAAAGUGCUUCUAUCAUAAGAUCUAUAAACAAACAAAUGUUCUUCCGUUUCUGAAUCGGAAUCUAGAGUUUGAAUCUUGCUACCGUCCUAUUUCUGUUAAUUAAAUUUUAACGAAAAAACUUUCAUCCGAGA